AUGAGAUCUGAACAUUUGACAAGGAAAACUGCCAUAUAUAGCACAAAGCCAGGAAGUAUCCCGUUUAAACGAAGGAAAUGCAAUGAUAAAAAUGGGAAUUCCAACGAAUUGAAAAGUUUGGACAAAUUUGAACAAACCAAAAUAGCCAAAUAUGAGAUUUCUGCCUUAGAUACCGAAAUAUCGUUAGAAUCAGACGCUCACGACUCGAGUAGUGAUACUGAUAGAUCUGCCAGAAGUGGUAAGAAGGGCGAAUUGAAAGAUGGCAAUAAGGGAAAUGAAUCAAGCAGUGACAGUGAAAUUGAUUCUUUUUUAAGUGAUAUCAACACAAGCAUUCAACAAAGUCUCACUCAAGGACAGGAUCUUGGUAAUGUGAGAAUUGUGAAAAAUAAGAAGUUUGAGUUGUCAGAUGAUGAUGAAGAAGACGCUAGUGACUUGGAACUGAACAGCAUGAAACAAGACUCCAAUAAAGAUCUCGAGGAAGAUCCUCGAGCAAAAUAUAAAAGAAGACUAAAAUUGAGAAAAUCAUACAUAAAAAGGUUCGACAUACCGACAAUAUUAUAUUCUGAUGACUUAGUCUCGAAAUGUGAAGGGCAUUUUAAAAUAGUGCCAUAUAUCCUAGAGGGAAAGAUAGGCUCGAUGUAUUAUCAACUGGCUAAGGAAGCAUUCAAAAAUUCGAAAAAAGCAUAUUUAUCAGCAGAAGAGUUCAGAGAAAUGGAUCUUUUGAAAUUCAUCGCUGGGUUCUAUGGCUUGAAAAGACAGUUAGUCAUAGGAGAGGAAAUCGUCAAAAGAUUCAAACCCAUGCUGGUCAAAAACAAAUCACCAACGGUAAAAUGGUGGGGAGCAACUGAUUUUGCUAGUUAUGUGCUAGCACCCGAGGUAUUGUCAUCUUUGUGUAUUGAAGAAAUGGGAUUACUCAAAAAUAAUGAUAAGAAAAUAGGUGAGCUUUAUAAUAAAGAGAAAUACCUGGAUAAGAGGGAGAAAGUGUUUAAAAUUUUCAGAAAAACCGUGGAAUUUGGAUUACAGGUAAGUGAUGUAGACCCUCUAGAACGAUGGGAGAUCGCCACCGAACGAGAACUUUUGGAAUCAUUGAAUUUGAAUCUAGAUAAAUAUUCCAGCACAUGCUGGCAGCGUUAG